UCCUUCAGAGACACACAUUUGCUUCCUGUAUGUUGUUUUAAUUUAUUAUUUUAUUUAUUUUUCAGUUGUGCGUUCCCGCAUCUCCUCCUGUCAGAAGGGUCUCUCAUGAGCAGAUGUAGGAGGGAGCGUGGAGAGAGAGAGGGGGGGGACGCAGCACAAUCGCCUCAGUCUACUGCAUGCACACACACACAAGCAUGCGUGCUGCUGCAGACUAAAUAAGACACCUCCAGUUUUGGAUUAUCUGUCUGGCGGUGCGCUGACUGCCUCCAGACCUGGAGGCCGACCCUCCUCCUCCUCUUUCUCCUCCCUUUCACACUGAAGGAAGAGUAGAGUAGAGACGGUCUACUGUUUGCCUCCUGCAGACUCCAGCCUCUCCUGACUUCUGGCCCAGCGUCAUGAACAAGAUGAAGAACUUUAAGAGGCGUUUCUCACUUUCUGUGCCACGAACAGAGACGAUAGAGGAAAACGAGUUUACAGAGCAGAUAAACCAGCUCAACAUCCGCUGCAAUGAUGGUGUGGUGCCCAACAGUCUGGGUCUACACAGCCUGCAACCCAGUCCAGUGGCUCCAGACAGCCAGGCUCAAUCUCCAACCCAACUACAGUACCGCAACAAAGUCCAGCACCGCCGAUUCUCCAUGGAGGAUGUAACUAAGAGGAUGUCUCUGCCCAUGGAUAUUCGUCUCCCGCCAGAGUUUCUGAAGAAGUUGCAGAUGGAAAGCCCACCGCCGUGCAAACCUCUGAGCCGCAUGUCCAGAAGAGCAUCGCUGUCAGACAUUGGCUUUGGGAAACUGGAGACUUAUGUGAAGUUGGGCAAACUAGGAGAGGGCACAUAUGCCACCGUUUUCAAGGGUCGCAGCAAACUCACAGAAAACCUAGUGGCUCUGAAAGAGAUUCGUCUGGAGCAUGAAGAGGGCGCCCCCUGCACAGCCAUACGGGAAGUGUCACUCCUGAAGAACCUGAAACACGCCAACAUCGUAACGCUGCAUGACAUCAUCCACACGGACCGAUGCCUCACUCUUGUAUUUGAGUACCUGGACAGUGACUUGAAGCAGUACCUCGACAACUGUGGAAACCUAAUGAGCAUGCACAACGUUAAGAUAUUUAUGUUCCAGCUCCUUCGCGGUUUAUCAUAUUGUCAUAAGAGGAAGAUUCUCCACCGGGACCUGAAGCCUCAGAAUCUGCUCAUUAAUGACAAGGGAGAACUCAAGCUGGCAGACUUUGGUUUGGCCAGAGCGAAAUCGGUCCCGACAAAAACCUAUUCGAACGAGGUGGUGACCUUGUGGUAUCGACCCCCUGAUGUUCUGCUGGGAUCCACUGAAUACUCCACACCCAUAGACAUGUGGGGUGUGGGGUGUAUCCUGUAUGAAAUGGCGACGGGGCGACCCAUGUUUCCUGGAUCGACUGUCAAAGAGGAACUACACCUGAUAUUUCGGCUCAUGGGCACCCCAACUGAGGAGAGCUGGCCUGGAAUCACAGCUAAUGAGGAAUUCAAAUCCUACCUGUUUCCUCAGUACCGAGCUCAAGCGCUCAUUAAUCAUGUGCCCAGGCUCGACACGGAGGGGAUAGACCUUCUCACAGCACUGUUGCUGUACGACACAAAGCGCAGGAUUUCAGCUGAACUGUCUCUGAGACACUCUUACUUCCAGACCCUAGGCGAGAACAUCCUCUCCAUACCUGACACCUCAUCCGUGUUUUCACUGAGGGAGAUUCAGCUACAGAAGGAUCCGGGACAUCGGAGUUCAGUAUUCCAGCCUCCGGGUCGAGGCAAGAACCGCAGACAAAGCAUAUUCUGAGGAGAGGAAUCAAAGAGAUGCGAAUGAAGAGAUCGGCAGAACAAAAACACUAUGAAGCAAACAGCUUUGUUUUCUCAUCCAAAACAGCAAUGCAUGCAUGCAUCCUUCCAUAUACACACAUUUAUUACAGUCGGUACUUCAGAAAACAGACUGAAAUUAAUUAAAGCAGCCUAUAGUUUUACCAAUACUCAAUCUCUAUUAUAGUCAUUUCCAAACCUAAACCCAUGAAGCUCACAGCUGUAGGCUACUCAAUGAAAAGACAUCCCAAUUGUCUAGACUUGAGUUGGCCUGGAUCUAGUAGUACUUUCAGGUGUGCAGAUUUAGCAUUUUUAAUUGUAUGUGUGUGUGUGUGUGUGUGUGUGUGUGUGUGUGUGUGUGUGUGUGUGUGUGUGUGUGUGUGUGUGUGUGUGUGUGUGUGUGUGUGUGUGUGUGUGUUUAUGUGCAAGAAACAUGACCGACUUUUCCCAUUCAGUGAAAUUUCCUCCAUUUCAGUUUGAGGUUUGACUUGUUUUGCCAUAUGUGUUUGAUUGAUCGUUGGAUGAGCUCAUAUUAUGGUUUACUUUACAACCAUUCAUCCAUUACUAGAAUAUUUAGAUGGUAAAUUGUCAUUAAUAUUUGAGCCAUUGAAUAUAGAGAAUUACUUGAAUUUUGUCACGAUAUACCAUUGAAUUCUGACUA